AAAAGAGCCUGACGCUUGAAGCGGGUGGAGACUGCUACACAUUUAAAUCCCCCGGCUCCUCGGUUUUUGAAGCGUUUCUCAAAACGAAAUAACUUUUCCUCUUUUUUUAAAUGUUGUUUAUUUUUCUUUCUCCGGUUGGAGUCUUCAUAGCGGUUUUAAUGUCGUAAGUGACAGGUCUGUAAAGGCGUCGUUGUUGGGAAGUUUUUUUUUUCCGAGAGGGGGGAUUUUUUUUUGACCAGCGAACGGGCCAUGGCAGUCGAGGCUCGGCCGGAGCUGGUCGGGAAACGGUUCCUCUCUGUCGGCGGGGACGAGCCGCCUGAAAUCGGCGACAUCGGCCGGUGGCCUUGGAGGUCCGGGGUCAUACGAGCCGUGAACCACCUUGACAGCGACAACCCCGACCUGACGGUCUACGUGGAGUUCGACGACGAGGAGUGGGAGAAGAGGGAGUGGGUGAAGGUCUAUGAGGAUUUCCAGCUGUUUCUGCUGGAGCACCAGCUGGUCUGGGCCAAGAGGAAGGAGGGAGCAGGAGGAGCAGCAGGAGGACUGCUUCAGGGAACCAAGGCCAAACACAUACAGUGGCCCGCCCUGGCGUUUAAGCCAGUGGUGGGGAAGAGCCUGCUGUCCUCGGUUACAGCCGUGGAAUUCUUGUUGGACCGACAGCUGGACUUCCUGUCUGACCACUCGGCCUUCCAACCGUACCAGGAUGAGGUGGACAGUCAGAGCCCCGUGUUGAGAGACAACCACCAGCUGCAUGAAGAAGUGAGGGGCUGGCUCAAAGACCAGAAGGUGCAGGAGAUUUUUAUGCAAGGUCCCUAUUCACUGAAUGGCUACCGCGUGCGUGUGUACAGACAAGACUCGGCCACCCAGUGGUUCACUGGAAUAAUUACACACCACGACCUCUUCAGUCGAAACAUGGUCGUUAUGAAUGACCAGGUGCUAGAACCUCAGAACGUGGAUCCCUCUAUGAUCCAGAUGACCUUUUUGGACGACGUGGUCCACUCUCUGCUGAAAGGAGAAAACAUCGGCAUCACUUCCAGGCGGAGGUCACGAUCCAGCCAAAACAACAACUCUGCCCACAUGGUGGGAGGGAGACCCAGCGGGACCACUGGCAGCACUCAGAGUCAUUACACGCGAGCCCAAGCCAACAGCCCCCGCCCCAUCAUGACCUCAUCGGGCCCCAACCCCAAGGGUUCCCAGGGGAUGCUGGCCUCUCAGCAGCAGAGCCAAUCGCAGCAAAGCCAGCAGCCCGCCAGCCAAUCGCACCACUCGCCCGGCAGCGGCGGGCGGGAGCAGAGGGAGCAGCGCAACUCUCGCUCGUCCAGGAGGAAAGGAUCGGACAGCAGCGUCCCGGAGGAGGACAAGGACCGGAGAGAGGAGCCCACAGCGAGAGACUCCAAGUCAAAGGCCAAACAGGCGGUGAACAAACGCAGGAAGGGAGAGGAAGAUGAGAAGAAGGCGGGACUAAAGAGGCUAAAGACGGACAUGACCUCUGACCUGUCGGAGAGCAGCGACUCGGAAAACCCGCACAACAAGAGGACCGCCCACUCCUCCUGCUCCUCCUCCUCCUCCUCCUCGUCCUCGUCGUCCUCGUCCUCUUCCUCUUCCUCCUCCUCAGAGGCCAACUCUGAGAACGAGCUGAAGUCUCGUACCAGCGAUGUGAAACAAAGCGCCGUUUCGAAAAAGGAGGAGGAGAAGGAGCUGCCACCGCACCCGCCGCCGCAGGGCACCAAAAUAAACGAUUCCUCCUCUCUCAUUGGCCGCCUGUCCCCGUGGGCGGAGCUUCAGGGAGCGGAAGACGGCAAGAAGGCCGUGGUCAAGGAAACGGGCAAAAUGUCAACCAAGCAGGAAGAGGAGCUGGUGGCGGUGACGCAGAUCACCCAGUCUCCACGGCAACAGGCGCCUCAGAUGUCCGAGGCGGUCCAGGCCGGCGGCGUGGAGAGCAGCAAGAGCGCCGUGAAAGUCUCUUCUCAAUCUCAGACGCCAUCGCUGUCCGUCGCCGCCGGCAGCAGAGGCGCGUUGGACAUCGCGGACGAGGCCCAGGCCACGGUGCACCAGGAGAGCUCCGAGGCCGUGUCGGCGCUGCUCGCCUCGCAGAACGCCGAGUCCACGGCCCUCUCCCCUUACCUCGCUCUCAACCCCUCCCCCGUUUCUUCGCCGCCCGUCCCGCCGUCUCCCUCGCCAUCAGAAGUAGGCCGCAGGACGGACAUUGAGCCGCAGGGCAUCCUGGGAGGUGGCAUAACGGCAGCCAGGAGCAACAAGAUCGAGUUUUCCCCCUCUGAGGUCAUCAGGCCCGUCACAUCGAUGGUUGAAAAUGUGGUGUUGGUGGAGAAGGAGAAACCGGUCCUUCCUCAUCAUUUCCAUCAUCAUCAGCAGCUCGCACAACAACAACAACAACAACACUACACGUCCAUCCACCCCGGCAUGAGGAGCCCGUCUCUGUCUGAGGAGACGAGGAAACACCCUCCGCAGCCAGCGCCCCCCCACAAGAUGAAAACCAUCCUCCACCCUGAACCGGUCCGAUCCAGAAUGAGCCCCAGCCCCUCUCAGCUCGACACACUGAAACAGAAACCGCAGCACCCCAACAACUCUCAGAGCCAUCCCUACCCCAACACACAUCCAGCUGACCUUCUCAAGGUGAAGCCCCACCCGGGCCUGCUGGACAUCUCCAAACCCAAACCCAACACCUCCCCAGAGGUCUCUAAGCAUAAAAUACAGAGGUACCACGACACCUCCCCGCCUCCGAUAGGCCGCUUGGCGGCCAAAAUAGAAACGCCAGAACCCCCGCGGUCCUGUUUCAAGCCGGUGGCGCCGCGGUCGGAGUCGGGUGGAGUCGCUUUGAGCUGCAGCACCAAGAGCCCUCUGAUCAUCGAUAAGAACGAGACCUUUACGGUCUACAGGGACCCGGCGCUGGUCCGCUCAGACGCUGAGAACUCCGUCUCCGUGUCCUCCAACCACGUGGCGGCCUAUCUCCACCCCCACCUGCACACCCUUCACUCCCCCUCCCCUCACUCCCCCUGCCUCACCACUGCGUCCCACCCGCACGCCGCCUCCCACCUCCUCGCCCCGCCUCACACCUCCGCCCUACCUCACCCGCACCUGUUGCCCCCCGGGGUGCUCCCGUCGAUGGCUCCUCCCGCGGCGUCCCUCCUUGGGGGCCACCCCCGGCUCGACUCCCCCAGCGGGCUGGGCCACCUCGCUCUGCCUCACCAGCAGCAGUUCCUCCAGGCUCAGGGCCCCCCUCCACCCUCUCUACUGGCCCAGGCUCAUGGCGGGGCAGCAGGCCUGGGUCUUUACCCCAUCCUGUGGCAGUACCCCAACGGAACGCCCACCUCUUACCCCCCAGGGCUCAACCUGCCCCCCACGGCCAAGUGGGUGCACCCUGAAAACCCUGUCAGCGUGAAUUCAGAGGGCUCGCUCAGGAGGAACACAGGCAGCCCGUGGCUGCACCCGGCCGCCGGCAGCGCCGGGGACGCCAUGGGUUUGCUGAGCCAUGUUCCCGUCCGGCCGGCAAGUGCCGACCCCCACCGACCCCCGAUCAAGAUGAGCGCUCACGCCAGCCCCCCGCUGUCGAAGGCCGGCAUGAACGCACAUAAAGAAGACAUGGAGAAGAAAGGCUUCGUGGACCCGAUCAGGACGUUGACGCUGGCCCAGCUGAAGCAGGAGCAGACGGACCGGAGUCGAACCCCCACGGGGAAAGACGUCCACCGCCACCGCCUCUACCUCGACCCACACUGCAAGGCCCGCAUGGCGAAUGCACAGGACGCCGUUCAAGCGGCGGACCGAGUAAGUAAAUACAAAGAGGAGAAUCGGCAAAUCCUGAAGGAGAGCAUCGAGGUCGCUCCCUUCACCGCUAAGAUCCAGCGCUCCGGUGAGCCCGGGAUGGACCGGGACCGAGAGCGGUGCAGGGAAGCAGCCUUCCCCAUCCGCUUACCGGCGCUCGCCUCCCCGAGCCCCAAAGCCGGCCACAUCCAUCCCCACAUCAUCCAAUCAGAAAAGAGCAACUACUUCACCACGCUGUCCAACAGCGUGGUGAACGAGCCUCCGAGGCUCUACCCGUCCAAGGAGCUCAGCUCGUACUACGAGAAAGUGUCCGGCGGAGCUCCGGGGGUCGUGACCAGCGUCGGGGCCGCCGUACCCAGCCAGGGAGCUCUGUCCCUGGGCAGCUACGGCUCCAAAGCCUCCCUCUCCAAGCCCCCUCCCCUCAUCAAGCACCAGCCGGAGGGAGGAGAGGGCUUAGCCGGGAAGAUCACGGAGCAGCUCAGCCAGCAGGUGGCGCUAGUGCAACACCAGCUCCACACGGGCGGGAUAGAGCGGAUAGAACGCCGCAGCCCCGUCAUAGCUCCUUCCUCCUCUACAUCCUCGUCUACAGCACACAACCAUCACCACCACCAACAACAACAACAACAUCAACAACAGCAACAACAACAUCAACAGCAGCAACAACAACAUCAUCAUCCACAACAGCAGCAACAACAACAACAGCAACAUCAACAACAGCAGCAGCAACAACAGCAGCAACAGCAGCAACAACAGCAACAGCAGCAACAACAACAUCAACAGCAGCAACAACAACAGCAACAUCAACAACAACAGCAACAUCAACAGCAACAACAACAGCAGCAGCAGCAUCACCAGCUCAGGGUAAUGCCAUCUCUCCACCGAGCGCCCGUCUUCCAUCCGCCCACACAGCAUGCACUGGACCGCAAAGAGGCUGCAGAGCGGGAGAAGGAGAGGGAGAGAGAAAGAGAGCGAGAGAGAGCCGGUUACGGCGGGCGCCUGUCCCCGCCCACCCUCACGCCCAUCCAGCCCGUCAGCUUGGCGGCAGCCGGUAGCAAAUCCUCGGCAGAGCAGCAGAAGCCGCCCACGCUGCUGCCGGAGCUCAGGGACGUCAAAGGCCACGGGAACGCCGCCACCAUCACCUCCGUCGCCUCGGCCAUCGGCGGCGAAAUCGUGACUUCGUCCGCAGACGCGUGGAGGCACGGAGAGAUGAUUCACGACCGGGCGGCGAUGACCAGAGGCAAGCCCCAAUCCGCCAUGGCGUCCGUCAUCGUGCGUCCGUCGUCGUCCCUCAAGUACGACAGUCUUGUUGGUUUUCAUAAGUCUGGGGCGGUGAUCACGAAGGAGCUCCCCCAGGCGAGGUUCUACCCGGCCACGCUUCAGGGGGAGGGGCUCCGGCUCGGGGAGAGUGUGAGAGAAGUUGUCGCCGGCAGGGUGAUCCAACCCAACUUGAACUUCGACGACAUGUGUAUCCAGUACAAACACGCCACUAUGCGCGGCAUGCAGGGAGCCAUGGCGGCCGGGAUCACCAACUCUGUGUGCAGGACCGCCAUUUCAGCCGCAUCAGCAUUUGGCCUCCAGAGCAUCAGCGGGGCGGCCAUCCCCGAGCUGGGCUACUCUAUCUCAGCCCAUAAAACAGGCCUUUGCGGCCGCAUGCCGAGCCACUCGGGAGAGUACCAGGAGGGGCUCGGCUCACGCACCACAUCUCCAGGGGGGUCUCUGCCACCCCCGAGUCCAGCGGGGACGCCCCAGCCCAGUCAAAGCCUCACCCCGACACCCAGCUCCAUCUCUGGCUGCAGUCAGCCCUACUCCUCCUCCUUCGUCCACCUGAAGAAGCACAAAGCUGCGUUGGCUGCAGCUCAGUCCAGGAGCAACUUCUUCACCGCGGCCACGUUCGUCGCUACCGGGAACUGCUUCCUGCCGGUGGACUCGGUCGACAAAACUCCCGUCCGCAACUCGCCCCCUCCGCCCUCCUCCAGCCAAGCUUCCUCGUCGUCCCCGGUCGACGGCAGCUCGGCCGGCGGGACCACGACCACGGGGAAGUCCAGCCCGCUGCCCAACGGCCAGCCCUCGACCAGCAGCGGGCAGCCCAGCAACUACCACAAGCUGAAGAAAGCCUGGUUAACCCGGCACUCGGAGGAGGACCGGAACACCACGGCCACCGCCAGCUCCACCAGUAUCAAACCAGAGAAACCGCCCAGCACCACCAGCACCAGCACCAGUAACGCCGCGGCCAUGUCAGACAUGAUCAAACCCUGCACGGUCAAUCUCAGCGCCUCCACCUCCAGCAGCGAGGUGGAGCUGAGCAAAGACUGCAAAGCGGAGCGGGAGAGGCAGCUGGAGGAGAAGGUGGGAGGAGCCGCCGGGGAAGGAGGAGAGGAGGAGAGGAGAGCGGCUCCCUCGUCACGGCGAGGGAGCAAGCGGUCCUACGAGUCCGCCUCGGAGAGCGGGGGAGACGACUCCGACGGCAGCGAGAGCAAGAUGGAGGGCCGAGCCAAGCGGCAGCCCAAACCCACCUACAAGAAGAAGCAGAACGACAUGGCCCGGAGGAGAGGGGACAACGACAAGGACGAAGACGAGCUGAAGCCCAACGGCAUCUUCAGGUCGGCCCGCGAGAAGACCAAGCUCAAACUGGCCAGCAGCAACGGGAUCCCGCGCUCCGUGCUGAAGGACUGGAGGAAGGUGAAGAAGCUGAAGCAGACGGGGGAGUCGUUCCUGCAGGACGACUCGUGCACUGAGAUCGGGCCCAACCUGCAGAAGUGUCGGGAGUGCAGGAUGGUGCGCAGCAAGAAGGGGGAGGAGCCUACGCAUUCCCCCGUCUUCUGCCGCUUCUACUACUUCAGACGGCUGUCCUACAGUAAGAACGGAGUUCUCCGGAUGGACGGCUUCUCCAACCCGGACCAGUUUGACGACGAAGCCCUGUCCCUGUGGGUCCCCGGGCUGCUGGAGGAGAGCCAUCUGGACCACAGCACCGCCAAGUACAUCCUCAGCUUCAUCGGAGACAAGUUUUGUCAGAUGGUUGUGACCGAGAACAACGCCGCCACCUGGGUGAAGAAGGAUGCCAAGCUGGCGUGGAAGCGCGCGGUGAGGGGCGUGAGGGAGAUGUGCGACGCCUGUGAGGCGACGCUCUUCAACAUCCACUGGGUCUGCCAGAAAUGUGGCUUCGUGGUCUGCUUGGACUGCUACAAGGCCAAGGAGAGGAGGAGCUCCAAAGAUAAAGAACUCUACGGCUGGCUGAAGUGUGUGAAAGGCCAACCGCACGACCACAAGCACCUGAUGCCCACGCAGAUCAUCCCGGGCACAGUGCUGACUGAGUUGGUGACGUCCAUGCACUCUCUGAGAGAGAAACACAACAUCAGACCCAACUGUGCCUGCAGCAGCAAGCAGAACCUCCUCAAACUGCCAGCCACCAACGGAGUCUCACAGGUGCUGCAGAACGUCCUGAAUCUCAGCAACAAGCUGUCUCUGCUGAAGGCCGAGCCGGGCUCUCUGCAGAACUUCGACCAAGGCGGCACGAAGGUGGAGACUAACGGGGGCGGCGGCGGGGGGAGCAACCCGGGCAGCGACGCAGGAAGUGCCCCCGUCACGCCGCCCGAGUCCCAGUCGCCGCUGCACUUCCUGGCAGACCUGGCCGAUCAGAAGUCCAGGGAGGAGAAGAAAGAGAACAAGCUGGUGCUGCUGGGUAAAUCGGUGAAGGAGGACAAGGUGGGGGCGAGCCUGGAGGCCCUGCAGCAGAGCAAAACCACGUCGCUGGUGGCCAACAGCACGGAGCAGGGCUCCACCCUCAGAGACCUGCUCACCACCACCGCCGGGAAGCUGAAGCUGGGCUCCACCGACGCCGGCAUCGCUUUUGCACCCGUCUACUCCGCCGUGUCACAGACGGGGAAAGGCGGGAGGACCAUGCCCAACAUCCUUGACGACAUCAUCGCGUCCGUCGUGGAGAACAAGAUCCCCGCCGGCCGCCAGAGCAUCACCACCAAGCUGUCCAUCAAGCACGAGCCCGUCACCCUGAGCAACAGCAUCCUGCCCGCCGCCGCCAUCGCCGAGGACGCCAAACCAGACCGGAAGAAGCUGGCGCACGUUACUGCGGCAGCGCCCGAGGAAUCGACCAAUCAGUAUCCAGAUGUUCCCCACUGCUGGCUGAACAACCGACGGCUGCUGUGGCUCAAAGACCACCGCAACCAGGACAACUGGAGGCUGUUCAGAGAGUGCUGGAGACAAGGACAGCCCGUGUUGGUGUCGGGGAUCCAUAAGCGGCUCAACGGCGCCCUGUGGAAAGCCGACUCCUUCAACCAGGAGUUUGCAGACCACCAGGGAGACCUCCUGAACUGUAAAGACCAGGUGGUGUCCAACUCCGGCAUCAAGGACUUCUGGGAUGGGUUUGAGGACAUCACCAAGCGGCCAAAGUCCAAGGAUGGCGAGCCGAUGGUCUACAGGCUGAAGGACUGGCCGUCUGGGGAGGAGUUCAUGGCCCUCAUGCCCUCCAGGUACGAUGACCUGAUGAAGAACCUGCCGCUGCCAGAGUACUCUGAUCCAGAAGGAAACCUCAACCUGGCCUCCCACCUGCCAUCUUUCUUUGUGCGUCCCGAUCUGGGGCCCAGACUGUGCUGCGCCUAUGGUGUCGCUGCGUCUCAGGACCAGGACUUCGGGACCGCCAACCUCCACGUGGAAGUCUCGGAUGUGGUCUCCAUUCUGGUCUACGUGGGAGUGGCUAAAGGCAACGGAGUGCUGUCCAAAACUGGAGUGCUGAAGCGUCUGGAGGAGGAGGAUCUGGAUGAGGGGGUCCGCAGGAGGCUCAAGGACUCCAGCGAGACCCCGGGGGCUCUGUGGCACAUCUACCUCAACCAAGACAUGGACACGGUCCGGGAGUUCCUGCACAAGCAGGGAGCGGACGCCAUGCUGGACCAGGACCCAAUCAGAGAGCAGGGCUCGUACCUGAGCAGGAAGCAGCGGCAGCGGCUGCUGGAUGAGCACGGGGUCCAGGGCUGGACCGUGGUCCAGUUCCUGGGGGACUCUGUGCUCAUACCAGCGGGGGCCAUGCACCAGGUCCAGAACCUCCACAGCUGCGUCCAGGUGAUCAAUGACUUUGUGUCUCCGGAGCACGUGGCCAACUCCUUCCAGCUGACCCAGGAGCUGCGGCCCAGCAGAGAGGAGGUGAACUACGAGGACAAGCUGCAGGUGAAGAACAUUCUGUACCACUGUGUGAAGGAGGCGGUGAACGCCCUGAAGAGGAGCGGCCCUGAGGAAGACGAGCAUGAAGAGAACUCAUGACCCCCCCUGAGCCUCGUCCGCGCCUUCCAGAGCCGAGCCGGUCACGUGACCCGCGGGGCGCACCCACACCACGUGGCCUCCGGGUGGCCACGCCCCAAACCUUCAGUGCCAAGAGGAGGAGACGAGACCGGAUCAAACCUCACCCGCCACGCGCCUCCUCCGCGUCUCGCGCGGGGAGGCCAGCGGGAUUCUGGGAAACUGAGGUUAGGAAGCCUUUUACAAAGCCACUAUGCUGGAGUGACGUGGCACCACGAGCCACCGCCGGAGCUCGUUAGUGUGACUGUUGCCGUUUCCAUGGAGACUCAGGCUGUCCUGUCGGAUGAAGUUCACAGGUCGGAGGGCGGCGCCGACGGAGCCGACCGGACGCCUCGGAGAGGAGACGCAUCACCAGCAAGCAGCCGGAUCCAAACCCUCAACCUCAGCUGUUAGAAACACAAUAGAGAGCAAAAAAUAAAGACUAUUAGAGAGGAAAAAAUAAAGAUUAUUAGAGGGGAAAAAAUAAAAUGCAAAACAUAAAUCUCAGAUGUUUCGAGCGAGCUCGUCUGUUGUUCCGUCGUCUGUCGUCUGUGUCCUUUUGUUCCUUCUCGUUCUAUCCGUCUGUCGCUGUUGAUUCGUUCUUCUUUUGUUUUGUUUACCUCUGUGAAGAUGUAUUUAUUUUAUAGCUGUAUGAUUACGCAAUGUUAACGAGACAAAAAAAGCAUUCAUGUAAAUGUGACUUGUACAGUUUUUAUUUCUGUUUUGUUUCUUCAGUUUAUGAUUUUCAGUUGUAAUACGGCUCUACUGUGAUGGAGGACACACACACACACACUCACACGCACACACACUCACACACACACCAGCUAAUGCCUGUAACUUUGGGAAAUGUUGAUGCUCUACAGUCCUCAUGCCAUAAAUACGAUUUUUUAAAUGAACUGCCAAACUAUUGUAAAGACUGUGUAAAGUUGUUUUAUGUAAAGAACAAAAUGAGACACUUCAGCAUUUUAUGGGGCGGAAAAAGUAUUUGCAGUAAAAUGGAGACAUUUACAGAAAAGAUGUAAUUUAUUUAAGAAAAGAAUGACUUGUCCUGUUUGUUUAGUUCAGAUUUACUAUGGUGAACUUUUGAAGUUAAAUGAUCAAUGAAAAUGUUUACUAUAAUAUGUAAAUAUAUACAUAUAUAUAUACAUUCACUGAAGUAUUUUUUUAAAACAUAGCUUGCUUCAAUUUCAAAUUUUAAAGUGCAAGUGUUACAUGCUUUGUACAUUGAAGUUCAAAAGGGUUUUACAUUUUCCAUUAAAAUGGAUUUAUCAAACGUU